AUGCAAAAGUGUAAGUUCAACCAGACCUUUCUGCGCUUCCUGGGCCACACUGUUUCCAAAGAUGGACUUCAUCUUGACCAAGAUCGGGUCAGUGCAGUGGCCAACGCACCUGAUCCACAUGACACAUCCUUCCUGCGAUUCUUCCUGGGCCUUGUAUUAUGGUACAGUAUGUUUAUUCCUGACUUUUCUACUGUUUUUGAACCACUAUGUGCCACACUCAGGGAAUCUACAGAUUGGAAGUUUAAAUGGUCUGCGGUGGCUGAGUCCAGUUUUACUGAGAUUAAGAGACUGAUAUCUGAGAGCCCUGCUUAA